UUAUAUUAGUGCAGAACACUGUACCUUUAAUUUAAAUGCCCUUGGAGUCUGCUGGGGAAGAGAAAUAAUACUGUCAGUCAGUAUGACAUGCAGAUGAGUGCCGUCGAUCUUAGAAUCACCGCACACUUCACUCAUUUGGGCAGUCACGGGGCCAAAACCAGAGUGUGGAGCCACAGUGUGGCGGUGGAGGCAGCAGCAAUGGGAGGCCAUACAGCACCCUAUGACAAAAUGGAACCCACCAGCAGUGUGAGGAGACCUGAAAGUGGCACAUGGCAGAGUGUGGCGAUGGAGACAGCAGCAAUGGGAGGCCGUACAGGGACCCAUGACACACUCUGGACCUGGCAGCAGCAUGAGGAGGCGGUACAGGGGCCCAUGACAGAUUACGGGCCUGGCAGCAGCAUGAGGAGUCGGUACGGGGGCCCAUGGCAGAUUACGGGCCUGGCAGAUGACGACGAGGCUGCCAAGGUCUCCGCCUCACUACUAGCCCCCUCGGCUGCGUGUGGAGGC